CACCAAACCAAACCCCACCACCACCACCACCAAACCAAACCCCACCACACCAAAACCCAUCACCACCACCCCCAAACCAAACCCCACCACAACCACCACCACCACCACCAAACCAAACCCUACUACAACCACCACCAAACCAACACCCACCACACCAAACCCCACCACAACCACCUCUACAGCCAAGCCAAAGCCAACCACAACUAUGGCCAAGCCAACACCCACCACACCAAAAUCCACCCCAACUGUAGCUAAGCCAAAACUUGCUACAGCCACAGCCAAACCAACACCCACCACACCAACAUCUACCACCACUACAGCCAAGCCAACACCUCCUGCUACAACACUGGCACCUGCCACAACAGCAAAGACACAGCUGAAAACUGACACAGCCACAAAGCCAGAACCAGAAAGACCUGAUCCUACUGAGGCAACCGGGAUCACUCUUUCCUUUGAGCCCACCUUAGACCCAGAUUAUAAAGUAUCUCCAGAGGCAGACACUGGAGAGCCUCUUAGCUCCUUCACUACAGAGGAUCCAGCCUUAUUAGAAAGCAUGGGCACAGCCUUCAGCCCCAGAUCAGUCCCAGAAAUAAAGAAAAGUGUCAAAGAGCAUGGGAAAGAGAAAUCAGCCUUUCCCAGUCCAUCUCCAUCCCUCAGCCAAGCUGUUCCAGAGAUGAAGCUAGGUUUCAAUAGAGCUGAGCUCAUAACCCCCUCCAAGUCAGUGGUCCUCAGCCCUGAAGAGCCCACGUUCUUGCACUUAACAUCAUCCUCCAAAGACAAAAAAGGGCCGAGCCCCCAUUUCCAGACCUCCCUCUCAGCAGGUGCCCUGGACACAGAAGAACUGGAGACAAACUCAGACCAGACAAGUGUGGAUCCACCCAAAGGAGGAGCCCCCAGUACCUGCUUGGGCCUUUCGCUCUUCCUCCUCCCCAGUGCCAUCCUGCUGGGCCUUCUGCUCUGAAGGGUCUUCCUCAGCUUCCCUGCACCCCUCACCAAGGCUUUUGUCAGCGCUGGUUGUCCACAGCCCUGGUAGGCUCAGGAGACUCCUUGGACAAUUCACACGCUCCCUCCUUACGCUGCCUCCUCUGCUGCAGCCCCGGCGAGCCAAGGGCAGCCAACAGUGCUGGGGAACUUUGUUCCCUUCCUGAGGAGACCUGAGGGCAGGAGGGUGUUUGCCAUAAUGCUGGUGACCUUGGAUGCUUCUCCUUUUUCCUGGCUUCUGUUCCAUUUCCAGGCUGGAAGUGUUGAGCUCUCCCACCCACCUGCCCGUGUGGCCGGCAGGCCCCGCCACAGCCUGACCCUGGGGACAGCAGGGUGACCUGGGGACAGUGAGACAUGGUGGUUGGCUUUGGUGUUUGUAGAUGAGACAUGGUGGUUGGCUUUGGAGUUUGUAGAUGAGACAUGGUGGUUGGCUUUGGUGUUUUUUUCCAGCAGAAAUUCUCUUUUCCUUCCCAAUGUGUCCAUCUCAAUUUUGGACAAGUUUUACCUCUUUCCCUUCUUGUCCAAAUAGUGGCUGUUUUGAGGAUUUCAGUUUCCUCCUGGUUCUGGUGGAGCUCUGGCCAGUACUGCCCAGCUGUUCCCCCCUCUCCUCCUCACACUCUGCAGCCCUUGCCUCCUCCCAAGCCACAGAUUUAUUUUACGCAUGUGCCUGCACCUGUGCACGCACAGAAGAGAAACCUUCAGAGCUGUGAGAGGCCACCAGCUCCUCCAUGUAGCUUUUCCCUGCAUGGCUUCGUUCUUUGCAUAAUUUUAGUGUAUUUGAAUUUAGAUACAGAUUCCUCUUGACAUGUAAUCUGUGUGUGUGUGGUCAAGGAGGACAAGUCCCCACAUGCAUUGGUACAAUCUGAGCUCCAGAGAUACAAGUGACCUUGUUAGAGGUUUUUGGUGGCUCCUGGGACCACUGGCAUUGUCUGGGCCACCGUGUUUUGUUACCCCACGUCUCUCCUCCCUUCACCUGAGGAUUCCCAGUCAGGUGUGUUAAAUAUGUGACAAGCUUUGCAGACAGGUGGAAGGAAGAUAACAGGGAGAUACAGCCCCUUCUCUGGUCAUUGCACCCUUUCAUUUCUACAGAGGAGGUGGAGGAUGACCUGAAGGCCAUUAUUCAUUUCCUCCACUACUGCUCUGUCCUGUGCAUCCCCAGAGCAUGCACUGAAUAAAUCCUGUUGUGAAAGUCUGUUCACUCUCUCUCUGGGGGAUCUGGACACCUGGGAGCUACUUAUUAUACCUGUAAAAUGCCCUUAAUUAUGUGCUUACAUAGAGUUGCUAAAAGACAACAUGACUUCUGUGGGUCCUGAAGGGGUUUUUUGGCUUUCCAAAAGCAUCCAUGUGCUGCUUUUUGUAAGGGUGUAACUUAAUGUUUUUAAACCUGUGUAAAAGCAGCAGGAGGCCAUGGGGAUUGCAGAUGACGCAGGGAAUUUUUCUUGAGCAUCCAGCUGAGUGUAAAGUAAAAAUGUGUCCCCACCAGGAAUUCUUGGACAAGGAAA